ACUAUUAAUUGUGGCCAGCAGAGUUGAACUGGAUCAAGCACGGUCGUUUGCCAAAGAACUACAAAAUAAAGGCAAGAAAAGUAAACAAGCCAUCCCUUGAGGUCGCUUUUCGAGUUCGUUGACACCAAAGAGCUACAAAAUAGAAUGACAAUGCUGCUUCAGCGUCGAGCUAUUGUGUCAUUCGGCCUCCGCUUGUAUUGCAGUCAUGCGACCAGCGGACCUUUGGCGGAAAAGACGAGCUCCAGCUCAGACAUGUCUGAAUUCCGAAAGGUCUUUUCUAAAGCCCAGCACGUAGCCAUCAUCACCGGGGCCGGUGUGAGCGCUGAGAGCGGGGUCCCAACAUUCCGGGGUGAACAUGAGAAAUGGAGGAAAUGGCAGUCCCAAGACCUGGCUUCCCCGGAGGCCUUCUCUCGCUACCCAUCACGUGUCUGGGAGUUCUACCAUCACAGGCGAGAGGUGGCGUUGAGCAAGAAGCCCAACGCUGCGCACCUGGCCAUAGCGGAGUGCGAGGCCCGGCUGAAAAAGCAAGGCCGUCAAGUGGUGGUCAUCACGCAGUGCAUCGACGACCUGCACCAGCAGGCGGGCUCCAAACACGUGCUUAGGAUUCACGGCAGCCUGACAGAGACGCGCUGCGUGAGUUGCGGCGAUGUGGACGUCAACAGGCGCAGCCCGAUAUGUGCGGCCCUCAAGAACAAGGGUUCACCUGACCCAAAUGUGCCCGAUGCUGACAUUCCAGUGGAUAAACUGCCAAGGUGUUCCGAAAGCGAUUGCAACGGUCUGCUGAGGCCCAACGUUGUGUUUUUCGGAGAGACCUUGGACUCUCACCUCCUGACCAAGGUGGAAAAAGAACUGGAAAUCUGUGAUCUUUGUCUGGUGGUGGGUACGUCGUCAAUCGUUUACCCGGCGGCCAUGUUCGGUCCCCAGGUGGCGUCCAGGGGCGUCCCCGUGGCGGAAUUCAACCUACGAGCAACACCAAAGUCCGAGUACUUCACGUACCACUUCCAGGGUCCGUGUGGAACCACACUGCCAGCAGCUUUGGCGCCACACGAGUCCGAGGUGGUCUAAAGCGGUGCUGGGGCAAAAGAGGCUUAUUUUUUACUCUUGUUCUAUUCCAAGUGUUUGCCUUCGAAGCACUUGGAUGCAUACGACGUAGCGAGCGCUGCACAUCUGUCAAUACUUGAAUAUACCGCUCAAUAUGGGGAAAUGAGAUGUAGCCCAACUAUAUGCAGAUUGAUUGAUGAUUGGGGAGAAGGAGUUGUUACACAUGCAGUCAUUUGCACUUUGUCUACAUUAUCCUGUAAAGUGGAACUGCUAAUUUGCCCCUAUUGGAAAUAAUGUUUCACUUUCAUCAAGCUUUCUGUUGAGGUGAUGUUUUAUGUAACCUUCCUAAAAUAUUUAACAUUCACAAAUUAAAAUCACAGAUACAAAAUGUCGAGGGAUCAAGAAGGUGUUGGCCGAGGAUUGUUAUCACACCGUGGUGUUAUUUACGUACGUUCUGCUGCUUUACUUUUUGGGGUUGCUGAUCUUUGCCGCUUCUAUUGUAGAUAAAUUGUCAUCCGAUAUGAGGUGCUGGGUAGAAUGCAACAAGAGGACAUUUCUUGCCUUGACCAAAUGUUUGCUUUAAACUUUACAGAGCAAUAUCAGCUCACGUUACACACAUUUAUUCUCAUCGAUUAUUUUCCGUGCUUUAUUCGUACUAACAGGGUAGACAAUUGCCAAAUUGUCAGUUUAUGUUUCACUAAAAUUACAAUGCACACUUUCUAAACAUGUACAGUACUGAAAGUCUGUUCAUGCGUAGUCAGCCGGUAUUAAAAGAUUUCAUAUGCA